AUGUAUAGACGAAUUUCAAAUAUCGAUAAGCUAAAAUAAUAAAUGAAAUUGAAUCAACAAGUCAAAGAACUACUGCAAAGAGGAGAAAUUGAUAUUGAAAAUCCAUAACACUUUGAAGUAAUGCUUUAUAAAAUUAGAUCAUAAUUGAGAUAUUAUCUAAGGAUCAAAAAUAAAGAAAUUCAAAUGACUUAAAUGUGCUAGCUUCAGCACUUUCAACUAUAAAAUAUUUUAAUGAAAUGAUGAAGACAACAAGUUUAGAUGAAAUGCUGAAUUUAUACAAAGAGUUGCAAUACAUUAAUUUACCUGCUCGUAGGACACUUUUUAAAUGCGGUGAUAUUGGCAAAAACUUUUAUAUAAUAUUAAGAGGUAGUGUUUGGGUAAGAAAAUAAUCUAUUAUCUAAGGUGUUAGUUAGAAAAAAUGGGCUUGGAGAUGAGAAAUUGGAAAAGUAGGAAAAGAAAUCUGAUAAGAAGUUUGAUAAGAAGUAAGAAAAGAAACAUCAUCUAGGAAAAGAAUUUGAUGAAGGAGAUGAAUCUGUAUUAUCAAUAACUUAUUUAGGAUGAAGAUUUAUUCGAAGAUCUAGAUGAUGAAAAAAUGCUUGAAAAUAAAUAUUAAAAUAUGAUGAAAGUUGGUAAAAUAGAGUAAGGAGGUAGUUUUGGAGAAAUAGCCUUAACUAAUUCAUUACCUAGGUAGGCUACUAUUGUAUGUGCAGAAAAUUGUUAAUUUAUUAAAUUAUCAAGAGAAGCUUUUAAUAAAUUUUUAUGUAAUUUAUUUUACUACACAUCUAGCUGAGUAUUAUACAAGAAUUUAAAAUAAAAAUUUCAUGUUUCUCAAAUCAAUUAACAUUUUUAAUGAUUGGUCAGAUGCUGAUGUCGGAUUAAUUUAAUAUCAUCUUUAAAAUUUUGAAUACUCUAUGAAUACACUUAUAUUUAGAGAAGGAGAAUUAAUCAAGGGUGUUUAUUUCAUUGUUUCGGGAAUGGUUGAAAUUCAACAAAAAAGCAAAUAAGAUACUAAAAUCAAAAAAAAUUAGUUGAUUCAUAAAUAAUAGAUUGUUCUCAAUAGAUAUUCUACAGGAUAAGUUUUUGGAUUUAUGGAAAUUAUAUAAAAUAAAUAAUUAAGAGAAACUAAGGCUGUUUGUCUAACUGAAAAAGUUAAGGUACUAUUUUUAGAUGAAGAUGUAAUAAUUUUUUUUUUAAUUUUAGAGAUUUAUAUUAUAUUGUUGUUAAGGAUAGUCUAUGAAAGUAUUAGAAAAAAUGACAAAAUAGAUGGAAAAAACUUUUGAAAAAGCAAAUUUGAUUUAUUAAGAUGCAUUAAAAUAAUCUAAUCAAUAUCUAUCAUUGAAUCUUGCAGAAAGUGACAGUUAUUUAUAAAGAUUAAAAACAGAAAAUUAACCAAUUUGUAAAACCAAUAGAAGUAAAAUUGUUUAAAGAUCACUUGACAUAUUAGGUAAUAUAUCUCAUCAAUCUUCAAAAAUUUUAAGUUAUUGUGAAUGUGUAUCUGCUUUUAGUAAAGAUAAUAAUUAAGAGAAAUUAAAUCUGAAUAAUCCACUUAUUUUAAUUGAACCUAGUAAAAGAGUAAAAAUGUAAUAAUUACAAUUUUAACAACUCUAUUCACCCAGUUCACCUCAAUCCUCAAGAGUUACUUAAUUUUCUAGUAGGGAUUCUAGAUAAGCCAUUCUUAGAUAAUUAAAAUUGCCAAGCAUAUUCAGUAAAUAAUAAUCAGAAUAAGAUGAUCGAAUAGCUAUAAGAUAAUUAGAUCCUAUUGUUUGA